GUUGUCAUCCACAACUGGCGUGCUUAUGUAAACACGAAGCAAUACGAAUAAUCUCAGUUUGCGACGAGUUCUGAAGUCUGAACACACGUGCUCGUGUUAUAAAAGAAUAAUAUUUUUCCGAAAAUAAAUUGUAAUAGUGACAACAACGGAUUUCUUCAAAGGCUGAUCCAGUCAAAACAAAGUAUUUUAACCAAUAGGAAGGCGUAAAUUGAUUGGCAGCGACGUUUUUAUUGGUGGAAACUAACAGCCCUGUGGCGCCUCUCCGACCUUAUAAAUAUCAGCGUGAGCGCGCGGCGGACCUCUUUUCCACAGUGUUAAUAUAGGGGGACUCUUUCGGGUUAUUUUUGUGAGCUAACUCUAAAUUCAGAAUGCCGGAGACCUCAAAAAUGAAUGGGUACGCAAAAACAAACGGACACAGUUAUGACAUGGAAGAUGGAUCAGUGUUUUUGUUCACUUCAGAAUCUGUUGGCGAGGGUCAUCCAGACAAAAUGUGCGAUCAGAUCAGUGAUGCCAUUUUAGACGCACAUUUGAGACAGGAUCCUGAUGCAAAAGUAGCUUGCGAAACCGUGACUAAAACGGGCAUGGUGCUUCUAUGCGGCGAGAUUACAUCAAAAGCCAAUGUAGAUUACCAAAAGGUUGUCAGAGAAACGGUGAAGCACAUCGGCUACGACGACUCGUCCAAAGGCUUUGAUUACAAGGCGUGCAGUGUCAUGCUGGCUCUCGACCAACAGUCUCCAAACAUUGGCGGUGUGCAUGAGAAUAGAAAUGAGGAGGAAGUUGGGGCUGGAGAUCAGGGGUUGAUGUUUGGAUAUGCAACAGAUGAAACUGAAGAAUGCAUGCCUUUGACGGUAGUGCUGGCUCACAGACUCAAUCAAAAAAUUGCCGAAUUGAGGCGAAACGGCGAAUUCUGGUGGGCUCGUCCUGACUCUAAAACACAGGUACAUCUUGAAUAUAUUUUUGCUGGAGGUGCAACUGUGCCACAGAGAGUCCACACCGUGGUGGUUUCACUUCAACAUUCUGAGAAGAUAACACUGGACCAUCUACGUGACGAGAUCAAGGAGAAGGUUAUCAAGGAGGUUACGAGUCAGUAUCUUGACAAUAACACUGUGAUCCAUAUCAACCCAUGUGGAUUGUUCAUCAUUGGUGGGCCACAGUCGGACGCGGGCCUGACGGGGCGCAAGAUCAUCGUGGACACGUACGGCGGCUGGGGCGCGCACGGCGGCGGCGCGUUCUCGGGCAAGGACUUCACCAAGGUCGACCGCUCCGCCGCCUACGCCGCGCGCUGGGUCGCCAAGUCGCUCGUCAAAGCCGGCCUCUGCCGCCGCUGCAUGGUGCAGGUAAUCUCACACACAUACUCACAUUAUUAAUGAAACACCUACUCA